GAGAGAUUCACAAUGUCCACCCCUACUACCACGCAUAUCGUCGGCUACUCGGAGCAGGCAUGGGGCCAUGCUCGCCCCAUGAUCAACCUCUUUGCUCGGUUUGUCAAGCUGCGUCCUGUUACAGUCACGUUCCUCACCACGAACGCGUUCUACGAUCGUGCGACCAAGGAGCUGUCGCGCAGCUUCGAAUCGGACGACAAAGAGUUGGCAAAGCGGGUCAGGGUGAUCUCAACCGGAAACGCCGAGUUUAUGGCCUUGACUUCUGGAGAUGAGUCCUUCAAGACCGCAUGGAAAUCGCUCAUCUCCGAGGAGGAGCUCGUCUGCGCGCAGACCGGCACGCGCUUUGCGCCGCUCCCGAAGCCCAAAGCGAUUAUCAUCGACUUCUUUGCCAUCGAGCCUUUUAGAUCCAUCAGGGCCCUCAGCGGAAACAGCGUGAAGAUCUACUCUUGGGUCCCAGGACAGACCUACCCUAUCCUCUAUCUCUUCGGGCCCAAGCAUCUCGGCGGUCGCGGCGACGUCAACGCCCUCAUCGAGGAAGAGGUCCGGCAAACAGGGAGAGACUACAAUGACGUCGCAAACGAGCUCACCUUCAAGCCGUUCGGGGAGAUCGUGCGCCUCCCAGGGAUGGUCCCUAUGUACGACCACGAGUACUACCCGCAAGACUUCCCCAUGCCCGGCACUCUGGGCGACAUCUUCCCCCACGUCUACAACACGCUCGAAGUAUCCGACGGGCUCAUGAUGAUCACCCCGAACUCGUAUGAGCCCGAGGCGGUGGCCGCCGCGAAGGGCUGGUUUGCGCAGACGGGGCGUCCGGCGUACGCGGUCGGCCCGCUUCUCCCGUCCGCGUCGAAGGAGGCUGCAGAUGCAAAUGAGAAGAGGCAGUCCAGCGAGGGGAGCCAGAUUGAGGAGUUCCUCGAUGCCACUUUGAAGACGUCGGGGCCGAAGUCUUUGCUCUACAUCUCAUUUGGCUCGAUAUUCUGGCCUGUCAAUAAGCCCGAGAACGUGUGGGCCGUUCUAGAUGUGGUGAUGGAGCUCAACAUCCCUUUCAUCAUGAGCCACGCUUCGCCGUUCGCGGGUCCGAUCCCCGACGAGAUCAAGGAAAAGGUCAAGGCGUAUGGGAAGGGGAUCCUCUCUCCUUGGACUCCCCAACAGCUCAUUCUCGACCACCCGGCCACGGGUUGGUUCAUCGCCCACGGCGGCCACAACGGCGUGACGGAGGCGAUCUCUGCCGGUGUGCCUCAGAUCCUUUGGCCGUUCGGCGGCGACCAGCCGCUCAACGCCGUGCAGAUCGCCGACCAGCUCCAGGUCGGCUACGAGCUGCUCGAAGUCCGCACCGGCCACGGGCUAAAGCCGAUUUAUCGCACGGGCUACACGCCCAAGGGCACCGUCGAUGCGAUCAAGGCCGAGGUGCGGGACGUGCUCCAGAAGGCAUUUGGGGAGGACGGCGCUAAAAAGCGCGCGAAGCUGGCAGAGCUGCAGAAGGCGCUGAACGGGGAGUGGGAGGAGGGCGGGUCGUCGAGGAGUGACGCGUUGACGUUCUUGGAUAGCCUCUAGACCGACUGCGAGCUACGCUGCCGAGCUGUCGGUGUAUUGUGAGUUUCUGUUGCUCUUCCUCAUAUUUCCCCUGUACUUGAAUGCCUAGAAUGACACAGACAGUGGGGUGUAUCAGUACUAUAGAUUUCUCUUUGCUACCAAGCGCUGUGUCGGGCUAGUUUAGUGGUUGAGUGAAUAUGAUCCUGGAGCAU